AUGGAUGUGACGUCAUCUCCUUCAACAAAUUUACCAACAUGGCUUGAAUCUUUACUGACUGAAAAAUUCUUUGAAGCUUGCAUUGUUCAUGAAGAUGCAAAAAAGAAUGAGAAAAAUAUUUUUUGUAUUGAUUGUUGUGGCACUAUUUGCCCUCAUUGUAUCUAUCUUCAUAAUUCUCAUCGUUUGUUACAGAUAAGGAAGUAUGUGUAUCAUAAUGUUAUAAGAGUUGAAGAUGCUGAAAAGCUAAUGGAUUGUGCUUAUGUUCAAGCUUAUGUAGCAAAUAAAGCAAAAUGUGUAUUCUUGAAUCCAAGGCCACAAACAAAACCAUGUAGAAACUCAAGUAGCAUUUGCAUAAGUUGUGAUAGAAGCUUGCAAUAUCCAUAUGUUUUCUGCUCUAUUUCUUGCAAGAUUAACCAAAUUCUAAGAGAUAAAGAAAUGAUGUCAAAAUAUCUUCACGAAUGCAAGGUUCUCACAUUGCCUGAACCGGGUUCAGAAGACGGUUUUAUGACCCCUGAAUCCGUUCAUGAACCAGUCCUUUUAUUCGGUUCAACAGAAAUUGUUAGAAAGAAAAGGUCUUCAAAGUAUGAAGUACCCACGGCGGAGCUUAUGACGGAAACCACCGUGAACCGCCGCAAGAGUAUGCCUUGCCGGUCGCCAAUUAAUUAA